AUUUAGAGUGUCCGCAGAGACACUCUUAUCGUGGAUGCGCCGGAAGCCCUAACCUACAACAACCCGCGGUUACAUCAUCCUGAACGAAGCAUACAAACUCAAUUCCUUGACAUCAAUCCAGAGUACCUCGGAUCCAGACUAUUUUUAUCUUCAUCCAAUCUGCUGGUAUUAACCUCCAUCAGCUUCCUGCAACUCAACUGCUUCUGAAUUGUCACGCCCACGACACCCAACUACCUACUAUCACAACCGCAACAAUGUCUACCUCCGGGACCGAUCAAGUUUCCCUUUCCUACGCAACCUGUUCCAUCGGCUCUCCGUCAUCUCCUCUCCCAGAGAAGCUCUCUGCUCUCAGCAGCGCAGGGUUCACCGCAGUCGAACUCGCCUUCCCUGACAUCCUCUCAUACGCCGCCAGCCUCAAUGGCCACGAUGUCGCCCCAGACAACUACCCCGAACUCGUCAAAGUCGCAAAGAACAUUCGACAACUCUGUGACAAGCACAACCUCAAAGUAAUGAUGCUGCAACCCUUCGCCAACUUCGAGGGCUGGCCCCGAGGAUCCAAGGAGCGCGAAGACGCUUUCAAGCGAGCCAACGGGUGGAGCGAAAUCAUGACCGCAGUAGGAACCGACCUCCUCCAAGUCGGCUCAACCGAUACCCCCAACGACAAACUCACCACCUCCCACGAAGACAUCGUAGCCGAUCUCCGCGAACUGGCCGACCUCCUCGGCACCCGCAACCAACGCAUUGCCUACGAAAAUUGGUGCUGGUCCUCGCACGCCCCCACCUGGAAACAAGUCUGGGAGAUCGUCCACGCCGUCGACCGUCCCAACAUCGGUCUCUGUCUGGAUACAUUCCAAACCGCCGGCUCCGAAUACGGCGAUCCCACCACCUCAUCCGGCCACAUCGAGGAAUCUACCGCUCCGACCACCGAACUGCUCACUCAACAAUACAUCGCCAGUCUAGACGAACUAGCUCGCACCGUCCCCGCAGAUAAGAUCUACCUCCUCCAAGUCUCAGACGCAUAUAAACCCCUCUCCCCCUUCGAAAACAUGACCAUCGACGGCGCGAGACCCCGCGCACUAUGGAGCCAUAAUUUCCGACCCAUGCCGUACCGCGGUGGGUAUCUCCCCAUCGAAGAGAUGGGCCGUGCGGUCCUGAAAACGGGGUUCCGGGGCUGGUUCUCGAUGGAGAUUUUCGAUGGAGGGAAGACGGGCAAGGAACAGCCGGCUGAUAUGGGACCAUAUGCGAAGGACGCAAUGGCCAGCGCGAAGAAGUUUUUGGAGAGGUGUGCAGCUGCGUGAGUUGAUUAACUUUGUUGUAUAAUGGCAUUGCGGCUGUUUGGGCAAUCUGGGUAUAUAGAUAAGCUUAUGGUUAAUACCCAUUGAAUCAAUUUGCCCAUUUCUUGGAGCUUUGGCCAUCUUGUUAAGGGGUUAAGCAUGGGGCCUUGAUUCGGGCGUAGCAUUCUUCCCCU